ACAUGCUAUUACAACUUCUAAUGUAAGUUCAGAUAUAGCUCCAAUGGAAGAUUUUUUUGAUAGUAUGAGUGAAGAAGAAAUAUUCAGAUAUAAAUUGAAAAAAACUUUAACCCCAUUUUUUAGCCAGCCAAUCUUUAACGAAUUGAACAAUCCAAAAAAAAUACCUCUACAACCUGACAAUGAAAAGAAUAUAUUAGAUUAA